AUGAUGAAAGGUUGCGAUUGGGAUGGGCUACAUGAGUACGAAGCACAGUUUUUUGGUUUCCUACCAAAAGGAUUUACGGAUGUUGUUUAUAAUUUAAUUCUGGAGGAAUGGGCAGAAAUUGUUGAGGAAAAAUUAAUGUCUGAAUUGCCACUUGAUGGUGUGAGCGGUGAAGUGAAACUGCAUUUGAAAAUGGAGCUUGUCAAUAUGAUUGGCAAAAACAAUAUUCUAAACUCGCUCAUGAAUAAACUGGAGGCAUAUACGCUGGAAUACGUUUUUCGCAUACCUGACGAAGUAACACUUCCCGAAGAUAGACCGAAUUUAGAAAUGGAUAAGGAAUGGUCCGUAGAAGUUGCUGAUAUGCGUAGGCAAGAACUUGAAUACAAUAUUGUUAAAUUACGUUUAGCCAACGAAUUGUUCGACAGAGAGAUCACAAACAACCUGCAAGCGAUUCAGUUGUGGAAAGCUGUGCAAAAGAUUAGCAAUGGUGGUAAUUUCACGCCCAAUGAUUUUCCUAAAUGGGUGGAAUAA